GAUAAUAUAAAUAUUAUUUAGGCACUUAUGUUACAUACAUAAGUACAUACGUAUCUAAUUAUUUUUAAAUUAAGUUUUAUUAUUUGAAAUUGAAAUUUUUCAAUAAAAAUAUAUACUUAUGUACAAUUAAGUAUAAACUUAUGUAAGUUUAUACCACUAUAUCUUUGACAUAAAAGUAAGAAAAAUUAAUCUAAGUAUACGAUCUUAAUAGCCAAAAAAGAAAAAUAUUGUAAUUGCUGCUGCAAAUCACAAACAUCAUCAUAUUGUAAGAGUGUUUGUAUAGCUACAUAUUCGUAUACAUACAUAUAUUAUGUAUGUAUGUGUGUGCUCAAGUUUUAGAUCAAUAGAUGAAAGUUCUCAAAUAAAGUGUUAAUAAAAAUUGUUCUUGCUCCUAUAACAAUUUAAUAUAAGCUAUGGGAUCAAACAUAUCUUUGGCAGAGUUCGAAAAAGAAAAGAAAAAUCUUGAAAAAUGGCAAUCAGACAUUAAAAAUGAAUUAGAAACAUUUAAAAAUGAAUUUCAAAAUAAUACACAAACAGAAUUGCAAAAUGUAAAAGACGAUUUGAUGGAAACAAAACAAAUAUUGACUAAACUUAAAGAAGAUACAAAAAAAGUGGAAGAGCAACGUAAAAUUGAACAAAAUGAAAUAGAAAAAAAUAAUAACAUAUUAAAAGAUGAAAUUAAGAAUUUGAACUCAGAGGUUGAUCAAAUGGUUAAACUUUUUUUUCAUAAACUAAAAGAAAUGGAAAUCAAGCAAAAAAACGAAAUUGAAAAAUUAAUUAAGGAAUCAGAAAAAAUGGGCAAAAAAAUACAAAAUGAAGUGAAAGACCUAAUUAAAAAAUUAAAUGAAAAUAAAAAAGAAAUAUUAUUAUUAAGGGAUAAAAAUCAAAAAUUGGAAAAUUUUAAUAAAAGAGAGCAAGAUCAAAUGAAGGAGAAUUUUGAAAAACAAAAUGAGUUCAUGAAAAAAUGUUUUAAAGAUAUGAGUAAAACCUUAAAUGAAAACAAAGAAAAUAUAAAAGAGCAGAUAAAAGAAUUUGAAGACAAUUUAAAAGAAAAACAACAUUUAUUUGAAGAACGAAAUGAAAAAGUAUAUCAUAAUUUAAAAGAACGUCAAGAAUUAAUUGAAAAAUACUUAAGGUCUCCUGUAGAAAAAUUGGAUGUAAAUGUCGAUGCAUCUGAGGGUUCCGAAAUAUGUAGCAAAGUUAGUAUAUUUUAGUUCUUUGGUACAAUACUGUGUUAGCAAUGAUUUACGUUUGUGGUGGGUUCAUUCGUUCGAAGCUUUUAAGUGGAAAACAGACUUUUACAACAUCUUCAAAAAUCUUCGGGUAAAACUGGUAAUUUAGUUUUUCAUUUUUUCAGUGCUAACCACGGUUGACAGAAAUAUUUUUAAGAUAUUUUUGUUAUGUUAAAGUACUUAAUCUACUGUUGUGAGUAUUGAGCAUAUAAUCACCUCCAUUUACGAUGUCAAGAAUACAUAAUAAAUUUUUAAAUAAUAUGUACAAAAACGCAGCUACAUACAU